UGCACCAAGCUUGGCUCCCACCUGAACACCUUGCUGGACCACUACCAGCAGUUCCAGGAGGUGGCAGAGUCCCUCAGGACGUGGCUGCAGGAGAGCGAAGCUGGUGUUGGAAAUCUGCUCUCAGAGACAGUUUCUUCAGACCCGGCUGUUCUGCAGGAGCAGCUCGCCAGCACUAAGCAGCUGCAGGGAGACCUUGCUGAGCAUCAGGUGCCUGUGGAGAAGCUCCAGAAAGCAGCUCGGGCUCUGCUGGAGGUCCAAGGGGAGCCAGCCCCGGACCACGGGCACAUUCAGGAGACAACAGAUGCCAUCGUGAGCCGCUUCCAGAGCCUCUCCCAGCAGCUGGCCGAGCGCUCAGACCUGCUGCAGAAAUCCAUCGCCCAGUCCCAGAGCGUCCAGGAGAGCCUGGAGAACCUUCUCCAGUCAGUGGCUGACAUUGAGAAGAACCUGGAGAGGGAGCAGCCAGCCACACUCUCCUCUGCCUCCAUCCAGGACUCGCUCGCCACGAGCGCGAAGCUGAAGCAGGACAUCGCCCGGCAGAGGAGCUGCCUGGAGGCCACCCGUGAGAUGGUGACCCGCUUCAUGGAGGGGGCCGACAGCCCCACGGCCUCUGCCCUGCAGGGCAAGCUGGCGGAGGUGACAGAGCACUUUGGGAGGCUGUGCCAGCAGCAGCAGGACAGGGAGGACGUGCUGAAGGGGCUGCUCCCCAAGGUGGAGCGCUACGAGGAGCUCUGGGAGCAGCUGCAGCACUUCACGGAGAGCAGAGCGCGGGCGCUGGCGGCCGGCAACCAGCCCGAGCGGGACAUGGCCCAGUUCUCCCAGCACCUCCAGGAGCUGAAUUCAGAGAUGAGGCAGCACCAGGAGGACCUGGCCACCCUCGAGCAACUGGCUGCAGAACUGGACUCCUGCAGCUUUGCCUCCAGUGCCUCCCAGCAGCAGGAGAAGCUGCAGAGCCUGAAGAAAGACUUCCUGCAGCUGCAGAAGGUGGCAAAAGAGAGAGAAAAGGAUGCAUCGUCCUGCCAGGAGCAACUGGAUGAAUUUCGGAAGCUGGUCGGGGCCAUGAGGAAGUGGCUGAGGGAGAGUGAAGGCAAAAUGCCACCUGCUGAGACCUCCCUGGGCACCCAGGAGCUGCACCAGCGCAGGCAGCAGAUCCAGGAUCUCCUAGAGGAGUGGAAGGGGAAAGGGGCCCAGGUGGAGGAGAUCAGCCGCAGAGGGACCCUCUUGGAGAACCUGAUCAUGGAGAUUACGGCCCCCGACACCCCGUCCAAGGCAGAUCUGACCGAGAUCCAGUGCGAGGUGUCGGAGAUGCAAGAGGUGCAGGAGGAGGCCAGCUCCAUGCUGAAGUGGCUGGAGUCGAAGGAACAGAUGCUGUCGGAGCUGGACGCCUCCUCCUCGCCCACCAAAACGGAGACGAUGAGGGCCCAGGCUGAGCACAACAAGGCAUUUCUGGCUGAAUUGGAACAGAAUUCAGGGAAGAUCCAGAAGGUGAAGGAAGCACUUUCUGGCUUGCUAGAGAAAUACCCAGAUUCUCCAGAAGCAGCGAACUGGAAGAAGAUGCAGGAAGACCUGAAUUGCAGGUGGGAAAGGGCCAGCCAGGCGACGGCCGAGCGGCAGCAGAAGCUGGAGGAGUCGGUGAACCAGCUGGCCACCUUCCAGGCUGCUGAGGCCCAGCUGCGCCCGUGGCUCAUGGAGAAGGAGCUGAUGAUGAGUGUGCUGGGACCCCUCUCCAUCGACCCCAACAUGCUGAACGCACAGAAGCAGCAGGUCCAGUUUAUGCUGAAGGAAUUUGAAGCUCGCAGACAGCAGCACGAGCAGCUCAACCAGGCAGCUCAGAGCAUCUUGACUGGCCCUGGAGAUGUUUCUCCAUCCACCAACCAGGUGCGGGAAGAACUCCAAGGGGUUAAUCAGAAAUGGUCCGAGCUGACAGAACGCCUCAACUCCCGCUCCAGCCAAAUUGACCAAGCCAUAGUGAAGAGCACCCAGUACCAGGAGCUCCUCCAGGGCCUCUCGGAGAAGGUGAAGGCGGUUGGGCAGCGCCUGAGCGGCCAGUCUGCCAUCAGCACACAGCCUGAUGCUGUCAAACAGCAGCUGGAGGAAACCAGCGAGAUCCGCUCGGACCUGGAGCAGCUGGAGGAGGAGAUGGCAGAGGCUCAGACCCUCUGUGAUGACCUCUCCGUCCUCAUUGGGGAGCAGUAUCUCAAAGAUGAGUUGAGGAAACGUCUGGAGACGGUGGCGCUUCCUCUUAAAGGGCUGGAGGACCUAGCAGCCGACAGGAUGAACCGGCUGCAGACCGCGCUCGCCAGCUCCCAGCAGUUCCAGCAGAUGUUUGAUGAACUCAGGACCUGGCUGGAUGACAAACUGUGCCAGCAAGCUCAGAGCCAACCCAUUUCUGCUAAACUGGAGAGGCUGCAGAGCCAGAUUCAAGAACAAGAAGAGUUCCAGAAGAGCCUCAACCAACACAGCGGCUCCUACGAGAUGAUUGUAGCCGAGGGAGAAUCUUUGCUGCUUUCUGUCCAGCCUGGGGAAGAGAAGACCACCCUGCAAAAUCAGUUGGUCAGCCUCAAAACACACUGGGAAGAGCUCAGCAAGCAGGCUGCUGAUAGACACUCUAAGCUCAAGGACUGUUUGCAGAAAGCUCAGAAGUACCAACGGCACACGGAAGAUCUCCUGCCUUGGGUGGAGGACUGCAAGGCGAAGAUGUCGGAGCUGGAGGUAACUCUGGAUCCAGUGCAGCUGGAGGCAACUCUUCUGAGGUCCAAGGCCAUGCUGGGUGACGUGGAGAAGCGCCGCUCCUUGCUGGAGAUGCUGAACAGUGCUGCUGACAUCCUGAUCGACGCUUCUCAGGCCGACGAGGACGACAUUCGGGAUGAGAAGGCUGGCAUCAAUCAGAAGAUGGAUGCCAUCACAGAAGAGCUGCAAGCCAAGACUGGCUCCAUUGAAGAAAUGUCACAGAGGCUCAAGGAGUUUCAAGAGAGCUUCAAGAACAUUGAGAAGAAGCUGGAAGGGGCGAAGCAUCAGCUGGAGAUCUACGAUGCGUUAGGGCCACAAGCCUGCAGCAAUAAGAAUCUGGAGAAGCUCAGGGCACAGCAGGAGGUGCUGCAAGCCCUGGAGCCACAAGUGGAUUAUCUGAAAAACUUCACUCAAGGUCUAGUAGAAGAUGCCCCGGAUGGAUCUGACUGUUCCCAGCUCUUAAGCCAAGCUGAGGUGGCUCAGCAGGACUUCAAAGCUGUGAAGCAGAGAGUAAACGACUGCUGUACGCUCAUGGAGAGCAAGCUGGAAGGGAUUGGCCAGUUCAAUAAUCGGGUCAGGGAGAUGUUCUCUCAACUGGCAGAUCUUGAUGAUGAGCUGGACAGCAUGGGCCCCAUUGGGAGAGACUCUGACAGCCUUCAGUCCCAGGCAGAGGAUGUCCGUGCCUUCCUGGGCAAGCUCCACAGGCUCAAGUCUGACAUUGAAGCUUCUGAAAGUGAGUGCAAGAAGAUGCUGGAGGACGAAGGGAGCCCCGAUUUAUUAGGACUGAAACGUGAGUUGGAGACACUGAAUAAGCAGUGCAGCAAACUGACAGAGAGAGGCAGGAACCGUCAGGAGCAGGUGGAGAUGACCCUGUCCCGUGUGGAGGACUUCUACAGCAGGCUGAAGGAGCUGACCCAGAUGACAACCGCGGCGGAGGAGAACGAGGCGUUGCAGUGGGUGGUGGGAACAGAGGUGGAAACCAUCAACCAGCAGCUGGCAGACUUCAAG